GUAACAAUUGAGACGUGAGCCCAGUGAAAUGACGAAUGAGUAAGCUGGUGGGCCGAACGGCGGGGGAGCGAGCAGAUGAAACAAACACUGAAGUGAACCCCAUCUGUCACACCCCAGGGGGGAAGCAAACAGGCGCAAAAAUGAGGGAACGCCUGCUCCCCCAUUGGGCCAAAAAUAAAGCGAAGAAAGCGAAGCAAAGAGAGAAGAAAGAUUCCACUACGCUGCUAACUGCUAACUGCUUAUCCUGACGAAACAGCACAAAAUGACAAAAACUGACUGCUGAAGGAACCCCAAACCAGCGCCCCCCUAAGUAAACGAGCUAUCAGAUAAAUUUAACCAAAUUAAACGCCCUACUCGUCCUUACACAUGAAGGAAUUUCCCCCCCUAUGUAGCGCAAAAAAAGAAAGCACACUGAUACGAAAGCAAAAUGGAAAAUGCGCCAAGCAUUAACCCCUACUCCAUUUUGAACGUAGAACCAGACUGCAACAUAGAAACGGCGAAGAGGCAAUUUAAAAAGUUGGCCAUAAUUUACCACCCGGAUAAGCUGAAGCAUCACCUAAAUAGGGAACGCGAGGGGAAUGCAGAAAAUGGGGUCGAUACAAACACUACUGCGGGAAUUACCCCAAUAAGCGAACAAAAUAAAGGGGAUAAAAAAGAGGACAAAAAUACGGCCAAAAAGGCUGACAAUAGUACCGCCAAAAAAGACAACAUCGACUUCGUCACCCUGGUUUGGGCGUAUGAACAAAUUCUGAAGGACAUCCAACAUGGCAGCAAAUCCGAAAAGUACGAAAACGCCCUGAACAUAAAAAAGGUGGACCUGCAAUAUAUUGGCGAGGAAAAUGCCUACAUUUAUUUUUGCCGUUGUGGGGACUUUUUUCUCUUCUCGGAAAAUUUAUAUUGCGAGUAUUACGUUAUCUACGCGUGCCAGAGUUGUUCCUGCUCGGUUUAUCUAACGCCGUAA